AUGAGUUUGCCAAGCUUUGCCGAGUUGUCGCUUGACAUUUGCCUUGAAAAGGCUCUUUUGAAGGCAGGUUAUCUAGAGCCAACUCCCAUCCAAGCCCAUGGUCUUCCGAUUAUUUUGAAACAAAAUUUAGAUAUCUUUGUUCACGCAAAAACUGGAUCUGGAAAGACCCUUCUCUAUGUUCUUCCUAUUUUGAAAGAAUGCUUACAAUGGGCAUCGGCCGUGGGUUCGCAAAAGGAGAUUUCUAAUCAGGGAAUCCGCGGAAUUAUUCUAGUGCCCACCAGGGAUUUGGCCCAGCAAGUUUUGGGGGUUUUUAAUUCCAUUAUGCGCUAUUGCCCUAAUGAAAUUCAACUCGUUAAUUUGUGUGCAGAUUCUUCAGAAUUAUUCAAAAAAUCUUUGUUAUCUUUACAGCCUUCUAUUGUUUUGUCUACCCCGUCUCUUCUUUGUAAAUUUAUAAAUAACAAGGCGAUCAAUCUUAAUGUAGCUUGUUUCAAAUAUUUCGUUAUUGAUGAAGCUGAUUUUAUCCUAGGAAUUGGCUACCAAAAUGACCUUGACAGUAUCCUUGCGGCCAUACCGCAAACUUGCACUCGAAUUCUUCUUUCUGCCACCCUUGAUGAGGAAAUCGAUUGCUUGAAAAAAAAAUUCCUAUCUAAACCGCUGCAAGAGGAAUCACAUUCUGAAGAGUCAACCCAAAAGGGCUCAAUUUCCCACUUUUUCUUGCAUCUUGAUACGAUUGAGGAUAAAUUUCUAUUGACUUUAGUUCUUUUUAAAUUCAAACUGAUCUCGGGAAGAAUCCUAAUUUUCACCAAUUCCUCUGAUACUGCAUAUAGGCUGAAACUGUUUUUGGAGGCAUUUUACAUUAAAGCCUGCGUACUAAAUGGGGAGCUGCCCUUCACAUCUCGGUAUAACAUCAUCGAAGAGGCUAACCGAGGCAAAUUUGACUGUAUCAUUGCUGUUGAUCAGGUCGACUUGAAGCCGAAAAAGCCCCAAAAAUUGGCAGAAGACGAGUUCGGGGUAAGCCGAGGAAUCGAUUUCAAAGGCCUUUCCGUGGUGAUUAAUUUUGAUAUCCCCACCACGGUCAAGGCAUAUUGUCACCGUGCUGGAAGAACCGGAAGAAAUAUUGCACACGGGACAACCCUUUCCCUGAAGAGCGAUUCGGAGGCCUCAGACUUUGAAGGAAUUGUACAGUUUUUAAAGAAGCAUCAAGUUGAAAUGAAACCUUUUUUAUUUGAUAUCGCUCAGGUGGAAGGUCUCCGCUAUAGAGCGAUGGAUGUGUUGUCUGGGAUAACUGCAAAUUGUCUCAACGAAUCCAAGGUGAAUGAUUUGAAAAAUCACAUUUCCAUUUCCGAAAAACUAAAAAACCACUUUGAAGCCAAUCCUCUUGACCUGAAAUCUCUCAGGCAGGACAAAGAUCUUCGAUCCAAGAAAAACAAAUCACAUCUGAAGCAUAUUCCCGAUUAUCUUCUAUCCACUUCGGCCAGGGGAAUAUCUUUGCCAAAGUUAGAUUCUGAGUUCAAAUAUUCCCUCUCCAAAACAACGGCUUUUUCUGCUACAAACCAUUCCAAGCUAAAAAAGAAAAGGCUGUCUCGAGAUCCUUUGCGCAAAAUUAAAUAG